UGAUAAUCCACGGAAUAGUGCAGUUGAUAAAUGGAGGUAUAGUGUUUGUCAAGUUAGUUUGUUUACGCGUGUUUAUUUUCGCUCCGAUCAGGCUUUUUCUCGUUUUUGUGUCUGUUUAAAGGUAGAUGAAGGUAACAAGAUGUCCAGAAAUCACAAGGACAAAUAUGAAAGUUCAAGUUCGCGUCGUACGCACUCAAUUAUGUCAACCGAGGACGCUAAUUCUGGGAAGAAAUCUCAUUGGCCGGAACUGGAGAUAACAGGGAAUGUUAAAAAUUUAAGCUCUAAUUUGUGGCAGCUUAAACAUUUAACAGCAUUAUAUCUUAAUGACAAUAGUUUACAAAGGAUACCAGUUGAAAUAGGACGAUUAGCAAAUUUAAAAGUCUUGGAUUUGAGUAACAAUAAAUUAAGAAGCUUGCCUUCUGAGCUUGGAGACCUCAUCAACCUUAAAGAAUUAUUGUUAAAUCAGAAUUAUCUACGAGUGUUGCCGUACGAGUUAGGAAAAUUAUUCCAGUUACAAGUGUUAGGACUCCAUGGGAACCCUCUCAGCAAGGAUAUGAUGGCGUUGUAUGGCGAGCCGCAGGGAACUCACAAGCUCCUGUCUUUCAUGCUCGACAAUUUACAAGUAACAGCAAAUCCACCGCCGCAACGACCCUGGAUUCCCUUGACCAGGCCCAACAGGACGAGACCCACAUGUAUCUUCACGGUAAUGUGCUACAACGUUUUGUGCGACAAGUAUGCGACACGGCAGAUGUACGGAUACUGUCCCAGCUGGGCCUUGGAGUGGGAGUACCGAAAAAAGGGAAUUCUCGAGGAAAUCCGUCACUAUUCAGCAGACAUUAUCAGUCUCCAGGAAGUAGAAACCGACCAAUUCUACAAUUUCUUCCUCCCGGAGCUGAAGCGCGAGGGAUACGACGGUAUCUUUUCUCCGAAAUCCAGGGCCAAAACGAUGGCCGAGAACGAUCGUAAAUACGUCGACGGGUGCGCCAUCUUCUACAGAACAGCCAAAUUCACGCUCAUAAAAGAACAUCUAGUGGAAUUCAAUCAGCUCGCGAUGGCCAACGCCGAGGGAUCCGACAACAUGUUGAACCGCGUGAUGCCACGUGAUAACAUUGGAUUGGCUGCUCUUCUUCGUACAACAGAAGCCGCUUGGGACAACGGAAUACCAUCAGAUCCAGCACAAAUUCAACAGCCGAUAUUAGUAUGCACAGCACACAUACACUGGGAUCCAGAAUACUGUGAUGUUAAAUUAAUUCAGACAAUGAUGCUGAGCAAUGAAUUGCGGACGAUGCUAGAACAAGCCAGUCAAUCAUUUAGACCUGGGCACAAACCUGAUGCUUCUAAUGUUCAAUUGCUACUUUGUGGUGAUUUUAAUUCUUUACCCGACUCUGGAGUGAUUGAGUUUCUGACAUCGGGACGGGUCGCGUCAGACCACCGCGACUUCAAAGACUUGACGUACAAAUCAUGCUUGCAAAAAAUAUCCGGAUGUGAUAAACCCAAUGAGUUUAUACAUUCAUUUAAAUUAGCUUCUGCUUAUAGUGAAGAUAUAAUGCCAUGUACUAAUUACACAUAUGAUUUUAAAGGAAUAAUAGACUAUAUUUUCUAUUCGAAAUUAAAUAUGACUCCGUUAGGUAUACUAGGACCACUAAGCGCCGAUUGGUUUAGGGAAAAUAAUGUCGUAGGAUGUCCUCACCCGCACAUACCAUCUGAUCAUUUCCCGUUGCUAGUUGAAUUAGAAAUGACACCACAGGGAACUAGUAAUGGUUUAAUAUCACGUAGGUAGCAGCAGCCACCGCGAUCUAGGCAAAAAUAACAACAGCAACAAUGAAAAAUGAUAAUAAAUAAGGGAACGUUUUAAUAAAUAAUUGAAUGGCGAUUGAUGUCCGGUAAUUAUCUCACACUCUGGCUCUACAAUAUCUUGUGUUUCCUAAACAA